AUGAAGCGUGACACUAAAGAAAAAGUUAAAAAUGUAUUCUGGAAAGCGCCAAAAUUGUUGAUCUUGACCCAGAUAUGCAAUACAGAGUUUAUUAUUAAGAAGAUAUCUUUGAAACACAACCAUGAUGUUGGUGCAUCUGUAUUUGUACUAUAUGCAGAUAACCGGCAGGCUAAAAAUAUGUUGGAUGCUGGUGUCAAACCAACACUUGUAACAAAUUUCAUACGUCAAUCAAACUUUCCUGUAGCAAAAAAAGAUGUAUAUAAUUUGAAGCAAAAAACAAGGUUCACUGGAAUCCCAGAAGAGGAGCUGAUGGCCACGCUUGGAUUGCCUGGUGUUACAAGUGAAAUCUUAGUUGACGAGAAUGGGACAAUCACUUGUUUCUUUUUGCACAGAUGUUCAAAAACAGUAUAUCCUAAUGCUUAUGUGCAUCCUUGUCGAUUUCAUACGCUGAAGGCAUUUAUAGAAGAAAUGAAAAAACAGGGAGUAAAUAAUAAUCAACAUUUGUAUAAGUUGCUGAAGCAUCUGGUGUAUUGUCCUGUCAAAGAAAAAUUUGACACUGAUGUACUAGAAAUUGAAAAAAAUUAUCCAGAAUUUUACACUUAUCUUGCAACAAACUGGCUUGAUAGACCAGAUAUGUUUGCAGCAUAUGCACGUGCUGGGAAAAUGAACAAAGGUGUUCAUACAACUAACCAUUUGGAGCGGUUUGUUAAGUCUUUAUUAAAUUGUUUAAUAUGUUAUAAUUGA